CGGAAUGAGAUUAUUUCCAUCACAAACCGGAACAUGUGUUUUUGCGGAUAUUUUGUGGAACGAAGCCAUUUUUUCUACCAGGAUCCCCAGAGGCAACGAUCGUUAGGACAGUGAAUUAUCGAAAACUUAAAUUUUACCAUAUGAUUUUACCGCCUUUUGGAAAUAUAGGAAGUGCGCAUUCCCGCUCCUCGAGCUUCAUCUCUCGAGGUGGUGCUUGUGGAGUUAACUCUUUUCGCUUUACUUGGCUGUACCCGAACGAUGAGGAGCUUGCACUAUUUGCACCCAGUGGCGUGACCCGAACGAUUUUGCAGUGAAAAGGGUCAAAGGAGUUAAAAGAGUUGCCAAGCCGAACUAACCUAAUGAAAAACUAACAAAAAUGACAGGACUAAAAUUUACUUAGCGGCAGAGUUGGUUCUUCCGGAGUUUAUACCAAUUCAUUUUCGAACAGCUGGAGUGCGUUUAGAAAUGGAGGAUGAAGGUAGAGUAGUUGUUUGUCAGAGUGCUCUGACGUCAUCACUUGGAGUGCACUCUGGGUGCUCUGUUUCUGAACGUAAUCGGGGUGUUGCGCUAAAUGUCAACGUCAAACCCGUUAAAAACCACGGGGGCGUUUAUGAACCCAGUCCCUGAGUGGGGUAAUUUGGGCGCACUCUGGGCACGUCAACUCUCGAUAUCUGAACGAUUCCAGCGUAACGCUCCGUGUAAGCACCUGUUAAUUUAUGAACGGUUUAGAGUUACUCUAAAGUCACUCUCACACCCAGAGUGCUAUUUCUAAACGCAACCCUGGUGUGCACCCGGUGUGACGUCCAGAGUGAUUUCAAACGCACUCCUUUUAAGUCAUCAUAACGUCAUCCCUCUGUCAGUCUGUCCUGUCAUCAUCAUCCAUAACCUUAAAAUUUGUCUUUUUUUUGUUAUUGUUGUGUUGUUGAUGGUAAAUGGGAGAUUUAUUUUUUUACAUUCCUUAUUAGGCGGUUACACACCGACGUGUGUAACCGCCUAUUAAUAAUAAGUAAAAAGGUCCCUGCUACCACACCAAAUAUGUCCGAUUCAGAAAAGGUAUAUUUUUGCUGUUAUUUGUGUUCAAAACUCUUUGCGUCUCAAGGUAGCCUAACUAAACAUCAAAAAACCAUUCAUAUGAUCCACGAAAAAAAACCUUUUGCCGCUAACUUUGAAGAAUUCAAUAAUAAAUGUCUAGAAGAAGACUGCCGCACUUCUUACAGGCAAAUCUCACAUCUGAGAUGCCAUUUGGAGACGUUUCACAAUUGGAAAAUUGAAAAAGAAGAGUGGCACUUUUCGACUAAAGAGGAAUUUGAGAUCUGGUUUAGUGAUACUUGUGAAAAAAAUAAUUUACAAUACUUCCGAAGAGAGGAAACAAAGAAAAACUUAACUUAUUUCAAUUGCUAUCGAUCAGGAAAAGUCAUAGUCAAAUCUGUAAACAGACAGAGAAAGGUAAAAAGCCAAGGCUCUUGUAAAUUGGGCAUCAACUGUGUGAGUCAAAUCAUUUUGAAAAAGAAUAGCGAUAAUACAUACUUUGUGACUUAUUACAAAACUCAUUAUGGUCACUCAACCGAACUACAACAUCUCACCCUAAGUAAUCAGAAGCGUUUAGAAGUGGCUUCUUAUUUGGCAAAAGGGUUAUCAGAAAAUGAGGUUUUCAAUAUGUACAGAAAAGAUCAAAUUGACGAAAAUGUGGUCAGGUCUGAUUUUAUAACGAAAAAGGAUAUUAGAAAUAUUAAAAUAAAGUUCUUCAAAGGAAAAAACGGGGCUCCAUGUGAAUAUAUUAACACUGUGAUUCCUGAUGCAGUGAUAGAAGAAGAAAUUGAAGACAAUAAUAAUUAUAAUACCGAAGAUAUUAGAGAGGAAAUAAGGAACAAACUAAACGAAUUGCAAUUUAGUUUAGAGAUCUGCAAUGAUGCAGUCGUUUUGCCUCUUAUUUUAGAUUCUUUAAAAAAAGCAAAUUCUCUUGUGACAGUGGUUCGUACAGAAUCUGGUGGAAUUGAAGGACAAAGCGAUAGCGAAUUAUGUCAAGAGGAACCACCUAAUAAGAAAUCAAUGACACAAAGUUUGUUUUAUUCCGGAUUUAUGACCGGAACUUUAAAUUUUUAAAUGGCACACCCUGUAGAUUUUCUGUUUUUCGGAUUCUACAGAUCGUUUCACUACCUAAUGCACCACUUUUGAAUUAAGUUUUGUCCAAAUUUUGUUUUUAAAUUAAAUUUUAAUUUUUUAACUAGAGUGCCAUGAUCAUCCUAAAAUGACUCUACACACUUUACUUAAUUUCAGAAAAAUUCAAACUGAAUUUUAUCUUUGUAAACUUUUUUGAUAGAGGGCUGUACUUCAUUAUUUUAGUAUUUUUGCCCUAGCUCAAAAACUAAAAUAGGAACAUAUCACUUUCAUAACAUCAUUAAAUGUAGUAUUUUGAAGCGAAUCCAACGAUAUAAUACACUACGACAUUUUUCUUAAUGUUCGUUCAAAUAUUUUUGUUUUCUUAUGUAGGUUAUUAUUUUUUUUCUACUUAAAAUUUAAUUUGAAAACGAAAUUUGGACAAAGUUCGAUUUAAAAGUGGUACAUUAGGACGUAAAACGAUCUGUAGAAUCUAAAAAACAAAAAAUAUACAGGGUGUGUCAUUUGAAAAUCGAAAGUUUCGGUAAUUUCCGGUGAAACCGGAAGUCAGGAAAACUUGUCAUGAAUGCACAAAAAUGGCAUUUCGUUAGAAUAUCAAGCCUACCAAGUUUCUUUGAUAUCAAUGAACAAAUAAAAAAAUGGCAGCCGGAAAGUAAUCUCGUGGGCACCCGGUAUACUGUAAUAUAGAAAACACUCGAUUGGAAUUGAAACUACACGUAUUGCGUAUUGUCCGUCGUUUUUAAUCUGACACUUUCCGUAUGAGGACUCAGGAGCGAGGGGGUGAAGCAUUAAGCAAAAACAGGUGUGACGUCAGAUGAUCAUUGGCGUUCUAACGUAGGACGUAGGGAGCCACCUCACAUUCCUUUGGGGUAUCAGAUUGAAAACAACGGGCUGUACAUGUAUCACCUUCCUUAGGGACGUCAGAACGACAACUUUACGAAGAGCCAGCGCGAAAAUGUUCCAACGCUCAGAUUGAAGAUAUGAAAAAAAUUGUCCAGCUUGGUUUUAUAAAGCCGCUCAAGGGACCUUAUUGGAGCAGCGUUCUCAGGAGAACGAGUGUUCCUUAUUCCUCAAUGAUAUGCAGCUGAUAGUAUAAGUAACAAAACACGGAACACUCGUUCUCCUGGGAACGCUGCUCCCCUGUUUCAAGAAUAAGGACUCAGGAAGUUUGACGUGUAUAUGACUUAAAUAAUAAAAUACCUUAAUCAAAUACGUUGCGUCGAUGUCAGAAACAAAAUUGAACUUGUUCGACUGUUUGUACAAUGCGGCCAUGCGCCGUUGGGUGUACGCUUUCGGCCCUACGCGGUCACGUGACGUGUUGCCGACCGAGAGCACUGAUCUAAAAAAUAAAUGGAUAAACAAUUCAUAGGGCUUGAUUGGCAACAUUUGUGCGAAAAUUUGGGGUCAAUAUUCUACGAACAGUUGUGCAACGGAACAGCCUAACGCCUGCGCAGUGUCUUAUCUUUCGAACAACUGUUCUAAAUUUUGAAAUUCUUUCAUUUUCAUUGGCCAACUUGAAGUUUUAGCCGUGAAAUAUCAAAAUCGAAAUCUUGGUAUUUUGCAAACGCAUAUUUACAAAACUUGGAACUUAUGUUUUCACAAUAAAAAGUUAAGAAAAACCGCAUAAAACUAUACAAAAUGCUGUAUAUGUAUAUGUUAGCCAUUCUGUACCAGGCAUUUAAGGAUCAGCAAAUGGGUGAAUGACUUGUGUCAACAUUUCCUGGGGAAUCGCUUCAAUGACAUUACAAAUGUUCCGCUUAAGAUCUUUCAGGCUAUUUGAGCAAAGGAUUACAACAUCUUUUCUUGUCAUAACUCCAGAGAAAAAAGUCUGGAACUCUCAAGUCAGGAGAGUAAGGUGUUCAUAUUCUAAGACCUCCAUAUCCGUCUUUCCCCAAAUGUCAUAUCUAGUGAUUUCCUUGCUAUUAAAGAAUAAUCCACCAUCCUGCUGGAAAUAGAUAUCAUCCAAGAUACCCUCCUGUCUUAACUGUGGAAAAAAGAACAUAUCAGUGUAUACAAUUUCUGUUAUCGUUGGUUCAAUAAUGGAAAUGGUCUGUAUUUUUCCUUAAUAGAGAUUGCACACCAAACUUACUUUUGGGGUAUCUCUUUUUGACGAGUUUCAGAGAAAAUACUCAGGAACUCGUAAAAUUGUCUUGC